UCCUUGCACUCUCCUCUCCACCGGCUUCUCGCGUCAGUUCAUCCCGAGCAACCAACGUUCGUUUCGCUGUCGAGCGCCGUUCGAACUACCCUUCAAGUGAAUACGGUGCGUAACUGAUCAGACGGAUCGUACCGCCGCAGCGGCAACGCUUUCUUUCCUUCUUCAGACACACUCGCAGCAGAAUGGAUUUUCGACAAAUCAAGGAGUCGUGAUUACGCACCGGUUGAUAAAAGCUUAGAAAAACGCGUGACCAGCUAUCACAAGUAACAGAGAACAACGACUCCGUGAUCACGUGAAGCGGCUGGACCUCCUGUGACGGGGGAGGUCGAAGACCGCGAGUGCGCUUUCUUAGAGCAUCCAUUCUUAGACGAUGAUAGAUCCAAGUUCAUCCGAAGAGGAGAGUGAGGAGGAUCAGAGCACUCAUCAUGGCGGCGGCGGCGGCGGCGGCGGCGGCGGCGGCGGCGGCGGUGGUGGUCGUGCCGGAAGCGGUAGCUCCCACGGUUCUCGCCGUCAUCCCGGAAGUAGCAUCGGAAGUGGUCCGGGUUCUGGUAGCGUCGGUUCACUCGCUUCAGGCCUUACUGCCUCGCCCGGCGGCCCAAAUCACGUGGGCCCGCCCGCUGCGAGUGCUCACGGAUCGGGAAGUCGUGUCCCGGUGGGAUCGCAGGAUGCAGCUGGAGCUGGCCUGGACGUGCCCAAUCUCGCUAGCGCCAGGAACUCCCUGUCGCCAUCGAUGAGCGCGACUCAGGACGCUGCUAACUACGCCCAGAGACCCACCAGUCCAUCUCCCUCAGUAGCGAGCGAGAAGACCGAAGCGGAGUUGCAAGAUAAGCAAGAAAGAGAAGAAGAAGAGAGGAAAACUCGGAUCCAACUGUACGUCUUCAUAUCUAGAUGCAUCGCUUAUUCGUUUAAUGCCAAACAGCCGAUGGAUAUGACGAGAAGGCAGAUGAAAGUGACGAAGCAACAAUUGGAAACUAUUUCUUCUCGUUUUCAGGGUUUUUUGAAAGGCGAGACGCAGAUCAUAGCUGACGAAGCGUUUCAUAAUGCCAUACAGAAUUAUUGCGAUGUGUUCCUGAAAUCGGAUCGCUUGAUGCAAAUGGUGCAGAGCGGUUCAUGCUCCCAAGCCGACUUCCGCGAGGUGUUUAAGAAGAACGUUGAGAAGCGUAUUCGGAGCCUCCCGGAAAUCGAUGGAGUGAACAAAGACACUGUGCUUGCGUCCUGGAUGGCCAAAUUUGAUUGCAUCAUAAAAGGUACUGGUGACGAGGACACCAAACGGCCUUCCAGGAUGCAACAGCAGUCUCUGAAUUCGGAGCUAAUACUAUCGAAGGAGCAGCUGUAUGACAUGUUUCAGCAGAUUCUUGGCAUCAAGAAGUUCGAGCAUCAGCUUCUGUUCAACGCCCUCCUGUUGGACUCAGCCGAUGAACAGGCUGCCGCCAUCAGGAGGGAGCUGGACGGUCGCAUACAGAAAGUGAAUGAGAUGGAAAAGAAUCGCAAGCUCAUGCCCAGGUUCCUCUUGAAAGAAAUGGAGUCGCUCUACAUCGAGGAGCUCAAGUCGUCUAUCAACCUGCUAAUGGCUAAUUUGGAGUCGUUACCGGUCUCCAAGACAGGUUCGAUAGACAGCAAAUAUGGGCUGCAGAAGCUGAAGCGCUACAACCAUCGUGGUGAGCGCUCCCGCUGCCGCGGUCAGGGCUCCCUCGUUAAACUGGAGGGCGACUCCGCCGAUUCCGAUCCCCAGCUGACGAAAAUGGACGUCGGUCUGACCUUCCAGCUGGAAGUAGUCGUAAUGGAGGUCAAAGGCCUUAAAAGCCUAGCACCUAAUAGAAUAGUUUAUUGUACCAUGGAGGUGGAAGGCGGCGAGAAGCUGCAGACCGAUCAGGCCGAGGCCUCCAAGCCUAUGUGGGAUACUCAGGGUGACUUCACGACCAUGCAUCCCUUGCCGGUGGUCAAGGUCAGAUUAUACACCGAAAAUCCGGCGAUGCUAGCGCUCGAGGACAAGGAGUUGGGCAAGGUGAUUUUGCGACCUACUCCGCUCUCCUGCAAGCUACCCGAGUGGCACCGUAUGACCGUACCUAAAAAUUGCGCCGAUCAAGAUCUACGUAUGAAAAUCGCCUGUCGUAUGGACAAACCACUCAACAUGAAACAUUGCGGCUACUUGUACGCGAUGGGCAAGUCCGUAUGGAAAAAGUGGAAGAAGCGGUACUUUGUGUUGGUCCAGGUCUCGCAGUACACAUUUGCGAUGUGCUCGUAUAAAGAAAAAAAAAGCGAGCCGUCGGAAAUGAUGCAACUCGAUGGCUAUACAGUGGACUAUAUCGAGGCCGUUUCUGCUAAUCUCAUGGUCGGCAUGGAUUUAGAAGGCGGAAGGUACUUUUUCAACGCUGUGCGCGAGGGCGACAAUAUCGUGUACGCUUCGGACGACGAGAACGAAUGUCAUCUGUGGGUGAUGGCGAUGUACCGGGCGACCGGACAGUCGCAUAAGCCCACCCCACCGGUUUCCGUGGCCGAUAAGAAUUCCACCAUUAGCAAGAUCCAAGGUGAUGCUGACCGUGCGAAGAAGCACGGUAUGGAAGAUUACAUCAGCGCUGAUCCGUGCAAGUUUGAGCAUCAUGCCCUGUUCAAGUAUCUGCAGAACUUGGUCCUAGACUAUAGACUGAACGAUCCUUACUGCUCGCUCGGCUGGUUCUCGCCCGGUCAAGUUUUUGUGCUGGACGAAUACUGUGCCAGAUACGGCGUGCGUGGGUGCUUUCGACAUCUUUGCUAUCUGCACGAUUUGUUGGACAGAAUGGAUCGUGGAUAUACGAUAGAUCCGACGUUGAUACACUUUAGCUUUGCUUUUUGCGCCACUCAUGUCUACGGUAAUACAACAUCUGCCGAUGGCGUAGGCUCGAUCACUCACGAGGAGAAAGAUAAGUUUCAAGAAAUCAAGGAACGGCUGAGACAGAUUCUCGAGAGGCAAAUUACUCAUUUUAGAACUAGUUUUCCAUUCGGUCGUCCGGAAGGUUCGUUGAAAGCGACUUUAUCUCUUUUGGAACGCGUCCUCAUGAAAGAUAGCGUGACGCCCGUGCCGCAGGAAGAUGUAAAGGCGCUCAUAAAAAAGUGCUUGGAACAUGCAGCAUUGGUAAAUUAUAAGAAACUGGCCAUCGAGGCGAAAAUUGAAGAUGAUUUGAACGAUGAGGACGUGCCUCCCAGUAAAAAGCUGGAGGAUCUCAUUCACCUCGCCGAACUGUGCGUCGAUCUGCUCCAGCAAAAUGAAGAACAUUAUUCGGAGGCAUUCGCCUGGUUUAGCGAUCUUAUGAUCGAGCAUUCCGAGAUCUUCUGGGGGAACUUUGCCACGGACAUGGACAAAAUCCUUUCGGUGCAACCACCCGACACCUGGGAUAGCUUCCCACUAUUUCAGAUAUUAAAUGAUUAUCUCAGGGGUGACGAAACGAAAUUUAAUUCGCAAUUAGAUACUUUGAAAAAUGGGAGAUUCCAUACACAUUUGCGUGACUUGUUCGCACCUUUAGUAGUGCGCUACGUUGACUUGAUGGAAACAUCAAUUAGUCAGUCAAUUCAUAAAGGUUUUGAAAAAGAGCGUUGGGAGAUCAAGGGAAAUGGUUGUGCUACUUCGGAAGAUCUCUUCUGGAAGUUGGAUGCAUUGCAAUCAUUUAUCGGCGGGCUGCACUGGCCCGAUCUGGAUUUUCGACAACAUCUCGAGCAGAGACUAAAGCAAAUGGCUUGCGACAUGGUGGAGUCGUGUAUACAGAAAACUGAUACAGCCUUUCAGCAAUGGCUAAAGAAGGGCGUGACCUUUAUCUCCACCGAUUAUAUUAUACCGUCGGAAAUGUGCGCUAUGGUGAACGUUAUUUUGGACUCCAAGAAUCAGAGUUUCAAGCUUUGUACUAUUGAUGGCGUCGAUGUGCAUCAGUUUCAUUCCAAGAUUGACGAUAUGAUCGAAAAUACAUCGGCAGGAAUGAAUCAAGGAAUGAUUAAUAAACUCAUAACGGUUUUGGAAGCGACACUCUCGAAGUUAUCUCGUUAUGACGAAGGUUCUCUCAUCGGCUCCAUUCUCAGUCUUACGAAGGUAUCAGGAAGCGGAAAGGAAAUGGGACAAGCCUAUGUAAAUUUUACGAGAAAUUGCAUGGAUCAGAUUCGCAGUAAAGUUCUCGACGAGUUAUGGAUCCUGAAUUUCUUCGAGCAAUGGUACACAGCACAGAUACAAAUGUUAUGUAAUUGGUUAUCCGAGAGACUCGAUCACAGUCUGCAUUUGUAUCAAUGUACCUGUCUGGCUCACAUUGUGAAGAAACUCUAUUACGACUUUGAGCUUCAGGGUGUCAUGGAGGAGAAACUUAACACGAAGACAUAUCAGACUGUACACAAUAGAAUGAAAACGGAAGAAGCAACUUGUGCCUUAACUAUGAACGCUCAGAACGAAGAAGGGCUUUCGGAGAAUGGCAAUGACGACGAGGUGGAGAGACCUAAGACAAAAGUGACGAUUGUUGAAACGAUAACGGAAGACGCAAAUUAUGUAGCCAAUCUGAGCAACGUCACUUCGAAUGUUGUUGGCAAAGUUGGAAGCAUGUUCGGCAAGGGCAUCGGUGGUCUUUCUACAAAAUUCGGCUCAGCCAGUAAUUGGUUCUAGUUAUUGUUACUAGCAUUCUGCCAGUAAAUCUUACAUUCGACUAGUAUGUUCCUUCGUUUAAAUAAGAGAAUGCGAACGGGAAAACUUCUAAAGGCAUAGUCAGUAUUCUAUAGGCAGUACAAUGAUUUAGAGUUGUCCACAUAAACAAAUGAUAUGAUUAUUCGACACAAUUGACCAGUUGGUUUUUAUCGUCUCACAUUUUGUUUCAGUUUUAUCGCGGAUUUUUUUUUUUUUUUUUUUUUUUGAGAAAUCUAGUCACUCAUCACGAAGUGAUGCGCAAAAUUACAAAAUUAUUUAUUGAUUUACGGUGAUUUCAAGACUACCUGAGAAUAUAUUUUGUUUACUAAUUUCCGACUUUAUAACGCAUAUUAGACGUAACACAUACGUUGAGAAUUAUGUAACUUUGUUUCGUAAAAUUUUAAUUAACAGCUUAUUAUUUAUGUUUGAUCUCAGGUAAUAUUGGAAACAUAGUCGAGAUAUAUUCGGAAAGUCAGAUUGUACGGAAAUACGUAUGAUAUAAACCAGAGUAAAUGCGUAGAUAUCUAAUCAUAUUACAAACAGAGAUAUAUGUAUAUAAACGUACAUGCAUAUGCAACGUGUAAUUAUGAAGUAUUCGUACACUUUGUCGUGGUCCGCAUAUGCCAGACCAACGUCAUUGUGUGUGCGCGUGCACGCACGUACGUACGCACGCACGCACGCACGCACGUACGCACCACGUAUCCUCCUCCUCCUC